CGGAGACGGCUCGCGUGCAUUUCUUAGUUCCUGAAACUUGAAGCUUACUUGGGUUUGAGUCUGUCGACCCUUUGUUUAUAAAGAACCAAACCCGCCUCCUCUACUACACUUCCUCCCAAGCUCGAUACAUUCCAGCAUCUACCCCACCCCCACCCCUCUUUCACAGUCCACUACAUUCCGCCGUCACCCAUCAUGGUGCUCGACUACAGCAAAUGGGAUGCGCUCGAGCUCUCGGAUGACUCCGAUAUUGAAGUGCACCCCAACGUCGACAAGCGUUCGUUCAUCCGGGCCAAACAGGCCCAGAUCCAUCAACAACGUUCCCAGCGCCGCUAUGAGAUCGAUACCCUGAAAUAUGAGCAUAUUGUCAACGACGGCUUGCUUUCCCGAAUCGAUCAGCUUCUUACAUCCUUGAAACAGAAUGAAGGCUCUAAGAGCGUUGAGGAAGUCAUUUUCCAAAACCUUAUGGAAUUCGCAGGCAACCCGUCGGAGGACCAUCCUCCCCCACCCCCCGCGGGAGUCCAUACACAGGAGAAGGAGCAGCCCAAGUAUUCGCAAAUGAUGAGCGCUCUGCUUGACCAGGUCAAGAAGGAGAUGGGAGAUGUCAGCACCGAGAACCUCUAUAAAGAAUACAUCAAGGGCGUGCAGGGACACGAGAAUAAGGUGCAGGGCUUGCAGAGGGAGUUGCUCCAAAGGCUUGAUCAGCUUGAGAAGGAAGAGCGCAGUAAAAUCACCAGCGAUAAGUUGCACGAGGGAUUCAACACUUCCCAUAUUGCCAAGGGAGGCGAAGCUGGAAGCACGGGAUCGUCACAGCAGACGGGGACAGUUGAGCUUCUGAAUCCUGGAGCAUCAACGGCGGGCUCGUCUCAACUGGCUGCUGCUGCUGAUGACGACGAAGAGGAAGAUCCCGAGAACAUUAAAGCUAGUGAUCUUGCGAAGCGGUUUGCAAAGAUCGACCGCAGUGAUUACCGUGCUCUGCUUCAAUUCGUCUCCGCGAACCCGCAGAUUGUCGCUGAGAAGGAAACUGAUGGUCUAUUGGUCGAAGCUUUCAACAGCCAAAUGGAAGGAAAGGAUGACUAUGCUCGCACAUGUGUCCACCAGGGCUUGUUGCUGCAGUACUGCCGCUCCCUAGGCCGUGACGGAAUCUCUCUCUUCUUCAAACGCAUCACGACGGCAGACCACCAGGCAGGAACCCUCUUCCGCAAUGACGUCAAUGAAACCUACAAUAAGAUCAAGACCCGUGCGGCGGAGCUUGCAAAGGACAGCUCUGCAUCCAACGAUCCGGCAGGCGUGGAACAGAUCCAGCUGCAUGCGGUUGACCCCAACACCAAGAUUACCAUCAAUAUCCCUGCUGCCGAGAGUAACGAACCGAUUGAGGUUGAGGCACGCAAGAUCUUCGAAUCCUUCACCAAGGAUCUGCAAACAGCACUUGCAUCGGAGUCCCUGGAUGAGGUCAACAAGGUCCUCGGCAAGAUGAGUGUCGAGGAAGCCGAGGAUGUCGUUGAGAAGCUGGGGCAGAGCGGAAUGUUAAGCCUCGAGGAAGGCAUCGUUGAUGCGACCACUGAAGAAGGCAGGAAGAGGCUAGAGGAGAUUGAGGCUGAGAAUAAGAGGGAAAGAGAGGAGCAACAGGAAAUAGGAGAGCCGGGGGGUGAUGUCACUGAGCUGGACUGAGGGCAUGAGUGAUGAUUGUGCAUCUGCUGGAUGACUGGAUGUGUAUACUCAACAGCAGCUCUGUUAUUGUUUAUUUGGCAUAUACUCAAAUUGUUCAUAAUGCAUCUAUUAUGCGCCUGGGAAUGGGUAUAGUAUGUGAUUGCUCGCUCCUUGUAACAUGUACACUUGGUGGUUAUCAGCUCUUUCGAUGUUUGGGCUAUGCACCAUACUUCUUUUGAGGGCAAGUGAAUGAAAGGAGACAAUUAAGGGGUUCAAAUGUGCAUGUGGUCUACCUACAUCAAGGGGAAAUAAGCAAAAUAAAAAAACAUGUGUUUAGGAAGUGAAGAAAAAGACACAUGUACUGAGAAAAC